AUGUUCAAAGGACAUGAAAGUGUGGCUGAAAGUCAACAGAAAGAGUUUCUUCAGACCCUGGAGAGGGAUACAGCGAGCCAGAGAGCGUAACGCUUUGUCCAGGGGAAAGACUGGGGCUUCAAGAAGUUCAUCCGGAGGGACUUCCUGCAGGACGAGGCCGACGCGCUGCCUGAUGACGAGCUGACACUAUUCUGUGAGGUGAGUGUGGUGCAGGACUCUGUCUCAGGCCAGAGCACGAUGCACAUGGGGAAGGUUCCUGAGUGCAGGCUGGCCGAAGAGCGGGACAACGCCAGAUACACUGACUGCUUCCUGUGUGUCGCUGAAUAGAAGUUCCAGGCGCACAAAGCCAUCCUGGCAGCUCGCUCGCCGGUGUUUGAGCUCGAGAUGGACGAGAGGAAGAAGAAGCGUGUGGAGAUAAAUGACGUGGAGCCAGAUGUCAUCAAAGAGAUGAUGUGCUUCAUCUACACAGGCAAGGCCCCCAACCUGGACAAGAUGGCUGAUGACCCGCUGGCUGCAGCUGACAAGUACGCUCUGGAGAGGCUGAAGCUGAUGUGCGAGGACGCUCUGUGCACCGGAGCGGAGAACGCCGCGGAGGUCCUCAUCCUCGCCGGCCUGCGCUCCGCCGAGCAGCUCGAGUCGCGGGCCGUGGACUUCAUCAACGAGUGA